GACCACCAUCGGAAGAGACUCACUCAUCAUAUUUAAAAGCAAUCAAUGACCAACUCCACAGGACAGAAUUCAUCUUGAAGAUGUCGACCCGAAUCCCCCUCAUCUUUGGCACUAUGACCAUGGGCUUUGAGGGCUGCGGAGGUGUACGAACCUCGAACCAGAGUGAAUGUCAAGAGAUUAUCGAUAUAUUCUUCAAAUACGGUCAUACAGAACUGGACACAGCCAAGGGUUAUGGAGCAGGGACAACACAGCAGAUGCUAGCCAAACUUGAUCUCAAAAAUGCGACCAUUGACACAAAAGUUCCACCUCAGAACUCUGGACAUCUGCCAGCGUCGCUCCGGGCUACUUUUGAAACAUGUCUGCAGCAUCUUCAGCGUAAAAAGGUCCGAGUACUGUAUCUGCAUGCACCCGAUCGAACCGUGCCCUACGAAGAUACUGUGCGGGAGAUCAACAAAAUAUACCAAGAGGGUAAAUUCGAGAUCUUCGGCCUGAGCAACUACACUUCCUGGGAGGUUGCAGAAAUUGUAGGCAUCUGUAAAGCGAAUGGCUGGGUGCAGCCCAAGAUAUAUCAAGUGAUGUACAACGCAAUCACAAGGGAAAUGGAUGCUGAGCUCUUACCCUGCUGUCGAAAAUUUGGCAUCAGAAUGGUUAUCUACAACCCCCUAGCAGGAGGUCUUUUUGCUGGGAAAGUUACAUCCGUAGAGGACUCUGUGCAGGAAGGUGGUCGCUUUGACCCCAAAACAACCCAGGGUAAAAAUUAUCGAGCAAGAUACCUAAAAGAAGGGUACUUCAAGGCACUUGAUUUGCUUAAGGGAAUCGCUGACAAACACAACCUCCGCCUUACUGAGAUUGCGUUACGAUGGUGCCAGCACCAUUCGGCUCUCCUCCCUACUGAUGGUAUUAUCUUGGGGGCAAGCAGCGCUAAGCAGCUGGAACAAAACUGUGCAGAUAGCGAGAAGGGUCCUUUACCCGAAGAAGUGGUUCAGGCGCUGGACGAGGCGAACCGCAUUGUUAAGGCCUAUGGAAGCGCUCCUGUUUACUUCCGCUAGGUUAUCAAGAUAAAUAGUCCGAGAAUUGUAAUAGCUGUGUAGUUGUAUAUUAUAGAUGACAUAUGCGACAUGUAUGUGUACUUGAAUACGUUCUGAAUUGCAGACUCGACCUAUC